AUGCCUCGCAAUAUUGGCUGCCUCACAACAUUGGGGCAACAUCGGGUGCCUCGCAACAUCGGGUGCCUCGCAACAUCGGGUGCCUCGCAACAUCGGGUGCCUCACAACAUCGGGUACCUCGCAACAUUGUGUGUCACGCAACAUUGUGUGUCACGCAACAUCGGGUGCCUCGCAACAUCGGGUGCCUCGCAACAUCGGGUGCCUCGCAACAUCGGGUGCCUCGCAACAUCGGGUGCCUCGCAACAUCGGGUGCCUCGCAACAUCGGGUGCCUCGCAACAUCGGGUGCCUCGCAACAUCGGGUGCCUCGCAACAUUGGGUGCCUCGCAACAUUGGGUGCCUCGCAACAUUGGGUGCCUCGCAACAUUGGGUGCCUCGCAACAUUGGGUGCCUCGCAACAUUGGGUGCCUCGCAACAUUGGGUGCCUCGACACAUCGUGUGCCUCGACACAUCGCGUGCCUCGACACAUCGCGUGCCUCGACACAUCGCGUGCCUCGACACAUCGUGUGCCUUGCAACAUCGUGUGCCUUGCAACAUCGGGUGCCUCGCAACAUCGGGUGCCUCGCAACAUCGGGUGCCUCGCAACAUCGGGUGCCACGCAACAUCGGGUGCCUCGCAACAUCGGGUGCCUCGCAACAUCGGGUGCCACGCAACAUCGGGUGCCUCGCAACAUCGGGUGCCUCGCAACAUCGGGUGCCUCGCAACAUCGGGUGCCUCGCAACAUCGGGUGCCUCGCAACAUCGGGUGCCUCGCAACAUCGGGUGCCUCGCAACAUCGGGUGCCUCGCAACAUCGGGUGCCUCGCAACAUUGGGUGCCUCGCAACAUUGUGUGCCUCGCAACAUUGUGUGCCUCGCAACAUCGGGUGCCUCGCAACAUCGGGUGCCUCGCAACAUCGGGUGCCUCGCAACAUCGGGUGCCUCGCAACAUCGGGUGCCUCGCAACAUCGGGUGCCUCGCAACAUCGGGUGCCUCGCAACAUCGGGUGCCUCGCAACAUCGGGUGCCUCGCAACAUCGGGUGCCUCGCAACAUCGGGUGCCUCGCAACAUUGGGUGCCUCGCAACAUUGGGUGCCUCGCAACAUUGGGUGCCUCGCGCGCGGCGAAAGCCGGCGUACUUGCUGCCAGCUUUGCUCCCUUUCGCGCGGGCAAGCUUGA